AUGCUGCGGGGAUCCAGUCUGUGUCGGGGCGGUACACCAGCUGCACCUCGAGCUCCCAGGAUCCCACCUGGGCCGACCACAGGGUGGGAUCUGGACCCUCAACCGGCUGGAGAGGGAGCAGCCCAGGGGACAGCCAGCGCGCCACGGAGGGGGGGGCAAUGA